AUUAGAGGGCACUUGCCAAAUGCUUACACCUGCAUGGAUUUGCGCGAACAGAACUCCCCUGUGCAGCCAGCCCCAUGGUCAAGUGUGAACAGCAUCCCAGAGACCCCCCAGUUCCUUUCUGCUCACUGAUCACCCCCAGUCCAUGGUCAGGGGAGAUUUCCAUCCUGACCUUCACCACCUCUGCAGGUUCCAUCUGUUCUUUGUACUUUAUAUAAAUGAACAAUGUCGAGUGUCCUCCUUUGUGUCUGGCUUCUUGUGCUCAAUACUGUGUGUGUGAGGUUCUUCCCUGGUGCUGCUGGCAGCUUUGGUUUGGCCUUCCAGCUGGUGCACUGAGCAUUCCAAUUGUGGUGCAUGCCUUUGAUCAGCACUGGAGCAUGUUUCUGUGGGGCACAUACCUAGGAGUAGAAAUGCUGGUCUUUGGGAAUGAGAGGACUCAACUUCAGCAGAUGUGGCCCAUUUUCCAUGCAAUUAUACCACAUACAGUUCCCCCCAGCAGCAGAUGAGUCUCCUGAAAGGUGAAAUAAGAGCCUGGAGAAACGUACAGUCAGACUGACUGUCCUUUGCCCCUUGCCUCCAAAGGAAAGACCUUGGGGUAACUGCUGGCCGUUCUGCAGGUUUGUGUUGAACGGAUAAACUGGGAAUGAGUGGAGAGAAAGUCCCUAUGAUGACCCAGAAAGACGCCCAUCCCUACUGGGAGCCUGUACCCCAUGGUCACGUUUCAUUGGAAGCCAGUCUUUGUGCCUGAACUUGGCAGUGAGGAUUGGUUGGUAUCUGGGAAGAGUCCAGAAUCGAGCAUUUAGUUGCCACCCUUUUGGGUGUCUGCCUGCCGUGAAGUAGAGCCUCUAGGCUAAUCCUUAUGAUGAAAGUGGCCAGCCUGGGGUUCCUCUCUCCUGGAGGGGGUGGGGACUGCCUCCUCUUAGAAAGAUUUUACUUGCAAAUCAAUCCAGUCCCUGAACCAACUGGUUCUGCACACUCCCUUCUUUUGUGUAGCUUGACAAGCCUGACUUUUCCACCCCAUGUUCAAGGUGGGGAGAAAGCCUUUCCUGCCUGCAAGGCUGAUGCUUAGGGUGACUGGGGGUCCAAAGCAGGGAGAAGAGGCAGCUGCCACUUCCUGAACAUCCCUGUGCAUUGACGACAGUUAUGAGUGCAGGGUUCUGGAUGCUUCUACCCCUGGCCCACGGGCUCCUCUGGGCACAGCCUUCUUCAGCUCACUUCUCUGUUCCUGGUGCUACACGGGGGCCUGGCACACGGUAAUCUGACAUCUUGAGGGUUUUGUUCCCCAUGAAGAGGAAACAUUUCAAAGGAGCACAGGAGGUAAAAGACGGAAUCUUCACGGGCUCCGCGUGGAUGGCAGGCCAACCCAUCCCCCACUGAGGCCAUGACGUCUCCUAAUCCCUUGGGGCUUUGCAUGCGCUCCAGCAAGAACUCUUCCACGUCGUUCUGUGCCAUGGGAAAGACCUGAAGGACAGGAAGACUUGCUCCCGAUCUUGUGGCUUUUACAGAACAUGACAGUUAGAGAUCAUUCAUGGUGUCUCGCAGAGUCAAACCAAAGAACGUGCUUCCUCAUUCUCUGGUGUUUCGGCCUGUGCUCGUUUUUAUAUUUAUUUGUGCUGCUUGUGCCGUUCGACCGCCUUACAUGAUCAGGAGACGUCCUUCAAGUUCCAGCACCACGUGCAGGCCUCCGACUCCUCGGGGCUCGUCCAUGGCUCUGGGGGCCGGCAGUUCAAGGGCAUUACCAUGAGGCACUGCAUUAACUGCUGCAUACAGUUGUCGCCUGACGACACGCACGCGCAGCAGGUGGGCUGCCGAGGAGGCCCCCAUCACAGUCGCCAGGAGUGCCCCGUGUGCAAAGGAGAAAACAAAAUUGUGUUUCGAGUGGACGGAAAGCAGAUGAACUUGCUUGCUGUUCUCGAAGUGAGGGCCGAAGGGAACGAGAGCUGGGGUGGGUUCCUACGCUUCAAGAAGGGGAAGCGAUGCAGCCUUGUUUUUGGAUUGAUAAUAAUGACAUUGGUGAUGGCUUCUUACAUCCUUUCUGGGGUCCACCAAGAGCUGAUCUCAUCGCCUUUCCAUUACGGAGCCUUCCCCAGCAAUCCCGGCUCGACGGAUGGCGAAAAUCUGAGUGAUACUAAAGAGCCUCAUCACCCACCCUCUGUCAAUAAUAUUUCAUAUGUGAAGGACUAUCCAAGCAUUAAAUUAAUUAUCAACAGCAUCACCACCAGGAUUGAGUUCACGACCAGGCAGCUCCCAGACAGAGAAGAUCUCAAGAAGCAGGAAUUGCACAUGUUCUCAGUCAUCCCCGGUAAAUUUCUGCCCAAUUGUAAGAGCCCCUGCUGGUACGAGGCGUUCGCGGGGAGGAACACCACCGACCCCUACCGGACCAACUCCUACGCGCUCUACUCCAAGCGCUUCCGCUCCACCUUCGACACCCUGCGCAAGGCCUUCUGGGGCCACCUGUCCCACGCGCACGGCAAGCACUUCCGCCUGCGCUGCCUGCCGCACUUCUACAUCAUCGGGCAGCCCAAGUGCGGCACCACCGACCUCUACGACCGCCUGCGGCUGCACCCGGAAGUGAAGUUCUCCGCCAUCAAAGAGCCGCACUGGUGGACCCGGAAGCGCUUCGGAAUCGUCCGCCUGAGAGAUGGGCUGCGGGACCGCUAUCCCGUGGAGGAUUAUCUGGAUCUCUUCGACCUGGCCGCGCACCAGAUUCAUCAAGCACUGCAGGCCAGCUCUGCGAAGGAACAGAGCAAGAUGAAUCGAAUCAUUAUCGGGGAGGCCAGCGCCUCCACCAUGUGGGAUAACAACGCCUGGACGCUCUUCUACGACAACAGCUCGGAUGGCGAGCCCCCGUUUCUGACCCAGGACUUCAUCCACGCCUUUCAGCCCGACGCAAAGCUGAUCGUCAUGCUCAGGGACCCCGUGGAGAGGUUGUACUCAGACUAUCUCUACUUUGCAAGUUCAAAUAAAUCGGCAGAUGACUUCCAUGAAAAAGUGACAGAGGCGCUGCAGCUGUUUGAAAAUUGCAUGCUGGAUUAUUCAUUGCGCGCCUGCGUCUACAACAACACCCUCAACAAUGCGAUGCCUGUGAGGCUGCAGGUCGGGCUGUACGCUGUGUAUCUCCUGGACUGGCUCACUGUCUUCGAUAAAGAACAGUUCCUCAUUCUGCGCCUGGAAGACCACGCAUCCAACGUCAAGUUCACCAUGCACAGGGUCUUCCAGUUCCUCAGCCUCGGGCCCUUAACUGAGAAGCAAGAGGCCUUGCUGACCAAGAGCCCGGCGUCCAACGCGCGGCGUCCCGAGGACCGGAACCUGGGGCCCAUGUGGCCGGUCACCCAGAGGAUCCUGCAGGACUUCUACGGGCCUUUCAACGCCCGGCUGGCGCAGGUGCUCGCUGACGAGGCCUUCUUGUGGAAGAAGACCUGAGGGCCCAGUGCCUGCUGCCAGCGCGGGGCCACCCUUUCCACUGUUCCCAUGGGUAUAAAGUCACUCUUGGUGAGAGGAACCCUUUUGCUCUGAGCCAACCUCUCUGCUCCGCAGGCACCUGCUGGGGGAAACCGGUUCAGAAUUUCCUUUGUGAUAUUAAACAGCCCAGCAGUGGUCCCUUCACCAGACUCCGACGGAAGCUGUUGGAAAUGCCACGUGGGAAGGGCCUCCUUCUGCUCCGAGUGGCUGGGCUCCGGACGAGGCCGGCAGGCGCUGGCCCGGGGGCUGCGGGAAGCGCAGAUUCUGGGCCUGGACAGUCCUGGGGUCCCUGGAAGUCCCCCUGGGGGCUGCCAGAACCUCUUCAUACGUGGUUUGGAAACCCACGGUUUAAUCACUAACCUCCUCUGGGUGCAAAAUAGAGGCUCUUUUCCUGUUUCUCCUUUUGCCCCUGACGUCAGCUCUUCUGUCUCUUCAGAGAUAAACUGGAUUAACUCGACUCUACUUGAGAAAGAAACACAAGCCAGUUUUGGUAGCACAGCUCUGCCUCGGGGACCUCCUCCUCCUCUGUCCUGGUGGACCUAACUCAUGUUUAGCAGAAAAUGAACACGUUUAAAACCGCUUGGUGCGUUUCACUAGUUGGAGCUCUCUUUUCUGCCCCUUUAGAUGUUUUCUCAAAAGAGUUUUUCCAGUUUCUCUUUGGAUAGAAAUGCCGUUUAAAAUCAGAAGGGAAGGAGUUCUCUCGUGGCUCAGCGGGUUGAGGAUCUGGCGUAGUCACUGCAGUGGCUUGGGUCUCUACUGUGGCGCGGGUUUGAUCCAUGACUAGGCAACUUCCACAUGCCUCGGGUGAAGCAAAAAAAAAAAAAAAAAAACAUCAGAAGGGACGUUUUUGCCCUUAAUGCCAGGUUGAGCAUCCUGAAGGAGUGGAGGGUCUGUCUCGGCACUCGGGCCCUUGCCGUGCACCCAAGGUUCUCGGGCCGCUCUGGGCUUUUGAGGUUUUAGCUCUGGACGCGGCAGGCCCUUCCUCCGAAUGAGCCUCUUAGCAGCGUUCUCCACCACGUGAGGCCAGAAGUCUUUCUCAGUUCACGAACCUCCAGAGAGUCUCCUUUCCCGGCCAGAAACGCAGCGCCUGAGCUCUGUUUGGGCUGGACAUGGUGUGUGGGGAUUUGCAGCAAGAAUGCCAGGAGCUGUGUCCUCACCAGAACUUUCUGGGCCACGUGGCAGCUUGGUUUACCGAUGGAUGGGCCGCAGGUCUUGCUGGUUCUCAGAGGUGACAGGAAAGAUCGAACCCAGUCGUGUGCGCAGCACCGGGCUGGACCCCAACCAGGCUGGACCCCAACCAGGCCCUGCACGUGACCGUUGAGGGAGCUUCCCGCGAAUCCGAGCCCUCAAAUCAGGGUCCCGGACCCGCGGCCGUUGGAAAGGGCAAUUGGCCCUGGGGCCAGCCGCCCCUCUGGGCGUGAGGAUUGGCUCAGCUGCCCAGGCGUGGCGCCGGCGGAGGUGGGACGCCGAGCUCCUCUGCAGGUGUGCGGAGGCCUUCACGGGCUUGGCCGGGCUGCUUCUGCUGCCGAGAGCGCCGUGGUCCUGACCUGCUUUCAGGGACUGCCCGCCCUUCCCCUCCCCGUGGCACUGGGAGCAGCAGGCCGACCCGGCGGAGCCAAGGUGCCUCCGGGCGACGUCACCUGCGAGUGGGUGUGUUUGCAGUCCGGGUGUGCGCAUGCGUGCGCGGAUGGGUGGGCGUGUUCCCGAGGGGGCGUCCUUCCGUUCCGCAGCUGGGCCUCCGCUCUGGACACAGUCCCCUCGCGUGGGUUGACGCCUCUGCCGCUCAGCUGUCCCCUUCAGCCCAUCGGCCCUGCCUGUCGUUCCCGCAAGGACUUUUCUUCCUCCUGUGCAUGUGAACAACAUGUGGCACAAUUCUGCUUCUUACAGAAGCAUCACUGAAAGUCUGAUUUCCAAUAUCAUUUGGUUUAUUGUACUGAUCUUUUUAUAGACACAGGCCCAUCCCUCCGUGCCGAUCAGCACGUGCAGCCCCUUCUCUCCAGGGCCCUUUCUUCAGAGGGAGGGCUGUCUGUCCGGCACCUUGAAUUUCCUCUGACCACCCCCCCCGCCCCCCCCCCGUCCCCGUCUCUCUCCCCGCUGCCAUUCGAGGCCCUCUCUAGUUGACAGCACAGCUGUUCUUUCAAGCGAGGCGUUGAGCUUGUUGUCCCCAAACCAAAGUGAGACGGAGCGUUUCCAUGACCCGGGUGUGGCAGUCACGUUGUGUCCCCAAAGCUGUGUAUCAGAUUGUAUUAAACUGUAUUCCCUUAGUGGUGUAA